AUGACUACCCCAGUAACAACAACACCAUUGUCCGAAGCAUCAACGGCCACAAAUCCAGUGAAUCGGUCAAAACGUGUUCUGCCUUUAUCGCCAGAUACAACCCGCGAGUCCGAGAACCGUCGGAAAGCCUCCAAGGUUAGCCGAGCUUGUGAUCACUGUAAACUCAAGAAACUCAAAUGCUCUGGAACUCUCCCCUGCGAAGGCUGUGUGAAAAGACGUCUAGACUGUCAAUAUGACUCGCUUUAUCGCAGAGGAAGGCCACCGACGCCGCCAACCGUCGGACCACAGCGAGGAUCUAUGAGUUCAGCACCUCCUGAUACUAAUCCUGAACAAACGAGUUCAAGAUCCACGUCACAAGGAGACUCUGGCCUUGAAACUGCAGAGAUUGAGGGCCAAUUCUUUGAUCCCACGUCGAAUCUGACUUUUGUACAUCGUGCGUGGAAGAGAUUGGCACAGCAGACGCAGCAAACGGAGUCGAGAUCUGGGGUCUUGACGGGCGCGGAGAAUUUACAGCCUCUUAUGUCUGCUGGUGAUAAACCCUUCACUACAAGGGGUGACUCGAGCUUGAUGUUUGUCAGUCAGCCAGAAGCUUUUGAGCUGUUCAACUACUAUUUCGAGAACUGUGUCGUCACAUAUCGCAUUCUGAACAGACAAUACUGCCAGGCAUGGUUUGAAGCUGUCAUUAACAAUGUUCAUAACGGACAGCCUCUGGACACAGGUAUUGGUCAUGCGAAAGCUGCGAUAGUGGUCAAUAUUCUUUCUAUUGCGAGUUUUCGACAACACAGAAUCUCGGAACAGGCCUCACUUCCGGGUGGCAUGUCUAUUAUGUCACAGCAGAGCGAACAGUACUUUCUCCAAGCAUCCGAGCUCACUGCCCAAGAGACCGGCCUACCUCGACUCGAAUCGGCUCAGGCGCGAGUUUUACAGGUGCUUUAUCUCCUUCAGACAUCACGGAUGAACCAAGCUUGGUAUGUCUUCGGUAAUACCGUGCCUAUUGUUACGGCGCUUGGUCUGCAUCGGAAGUCGACUCAAUAUCGAAAUGGAGGUCGACAGCCCACGGAUUACAUCAUAUCUGAGUGUCGGAAGAGGACCUUUUGGGUUCUGUAUACCAUCGAUAAAUACCUAGCCGUUGUUUUUGGCAGACCUCGAUUUUAUCAUGACAAUGAUGUCGACCAGGAGUUUCCGGAUAGAGUUAAUGAUGAAGAUAUGACACCACAAGGACCGUCACCAUUGGAGCCCGCCAUGGACUGCCAUGUUGACUCACUGCUCUUUCACGCUAGGAUUGCAAUAAUCAUCGAAAAUGUAUCACGGCAGGUCUACUCACUCAAAAAGAUGCCACCCGAAGAACGCCUUGCAGCAGCCCAAGGCUUCAUCCAACAGCUCCACGAAUGGCGUCAAGCUCUCCCUCCCCAUCUUGGCACCGUUCGCCCCUCAAGCCUAAUACCGAUAUUCUCUCGACAAGCCACUGCUCUAAAGCUUGCGUACUGCCACGCUGUAAUGCAUACGACUCGGCCGUUCCUUCUUGAUCACUCAGAAGAUUGCAGUCCCGCGUUACAAGCUUGCGUGACUCAGUGUAUCAGCGCAGCGAAACUCGCACUAGAAAUCGUCGAUGGCAUGUUUUCUGAGAAAUCAGUCUUAUUCCAUGCCUUAUGGUGGAUGCCAUACGUAACCUUCUGUGCAUUAGCAGUUGUUUACGUAUGGGAUAUUCAACAAAGAAGCAACACCACCGCUGAUCCUGGCAACGCGAUGCUCUUCGACCUCGCAGAGAAAUGCCAGAAUCAUCUGGCGAGAACUAUUGCUGCUGAGUCAGCCAGUCGAAGAUACAGCAUCAUCAUUGAGGAACUACGACAAGAAGCAAGACAAGGACCACAGCAUGCUACAAGGCCAUCACAGACAAUUCAAUGUCAGCAGGAGUCACUCAUCUCAAGUGAACAUGAGUCGGGGACGAGUAUAGAUGAGUUGGGUUCCAUGUUUGAUGAUCAGGACGAAACGAGUUCGGGGUUACAGUCUAUUAUGAAUCCAUUGAGUCAGUGGCAGCCGACUGACUGGUUGGAUCUUGACUCUUCGGCAUUCACUUUCUUCUCUCAGCUUGAAGAUUCAAUGCUUUAUUAG